AGCAGCCGAAGCUGGAAGGUGUUUAUUGUUCCUUCCCGUUCGGUGAGAAAAAAGAGGGUGGCAAAAGCGGAGAUACAACCGAGAUCACCGGCAAUUCCUACAGAGCUGGAAAAGUAGCUAUUUCACAGAGGUAACAGCAUUAAAGGCCAGGACCGAUAGGCACAGCAUUCGUUGGCCAUGGCGUACGCGUACCUCUUCAAAUACAUCAUUAUCGGAGACACGGGAGUGGGGAAAUCGUGUUUACUGCUACAGUUUACAGAUAAGAGGUUUCAGCCGGUGCACGAUCUCACUAUUGGUGUAGAAUUUGGUGCGCGAAUGAUCACCAUUGAUGGGAAACAGAUUAAACUUCAGAUCUGGGACACAGCGGGUCAGGAGUCGUUCCGGUCCAUCACCAGAUCCUACUACAGAGGGGCUGCUGGGGCGCUGCUGGUUUAUGACAUCACAAGAAGGGACACCUUCAACCACUUGACCACUUGGUUAGAAGAUGCUCGACAACAUUCCAAUUCCAACAUGGUCAUCAUGCUGAUAGGGAAUAAAAGUGACUUGGAGUCCCGGAGAGAGGUGAAGAAGGAGGAGGGAGAGGCCUUUGCCAGAGAACACGGUCUUAUCUUCAUGGAAACCUCCGCCAAGACGGCGUCAAACGUAGAAGAGGCAUUCAUCAACACAGCCAAGGAGAUCUACGAGAAGAUUCAGGAAGGGGUCUUCGAUAUUAACAAUGAGGCAAACGGCAUUAAGAUUGGUCCUCAGCACGCUGCCACCAGCGCCACGCUGUCGGGCAGCCAGGGGGGGCAGCAGGCUGGGGGGGGCUGCUGCUGAGAGCUCCUGUCUCUGCUCCCCAGGCUGGGCUCCCUCCCCCCCCCACCUCUGUAACCUGCCCGUAACCUGCUGCCAACCUCUCUCUAACUGCCCCCCUAGCCUUCUCCUAACCUUGUCCCAACAUCCCCCUAACCUUCUGCUAACCUUCCCUUAACCUUCUCCCAAUCUCUCCCUAACGUUCCCCAACCUUCCCCCUAACCCCCCCC